AUGUAUCACGUCCUUCUCCAUGCGUCUCCCCCCUCUCCAUGCAUCUCCCCCCCCUCCAUGCAUCUCCCCCGUCUCAAUGCAUCUCCCCACUCUCCAUGCAACACCCUCGUCUCCAUGUAUCCCCCCCGUCCCCAUGCAUCUUCCCCUCUCCAUGCAACUUCCCCCUCUCCAUGCAUCUUCCCCCUCUCCAUGUAUUUCCCAACUCUCCAUGCAUCUCUCCCAUCUCCGUGCACCACCCUCCUCUCCGUGCAUCUCCCCCCUCUCCACACAUCUCCCCCCUCUACGUGCAUCUCCCUCCUCUCCAUGCAUCUUCCCCCUCUCCAUGCUCUCCCCCCCCCUCCCUCCCUCUCCAUGCAUCUUUCCCCUCUUCAUUCAUCUCCCCCAUCUCAAUGCAUCUUCCUCCUCUCCAUGCUUCUUCCCCCUCUCUAUGCACCUCCCCCUUCUCCAUGCAUCUCCCCUCUCUCCAUGCAUCUCCCCCAUCUGCACGCACCUCCCAACUCUCCAAGCAUCAUCCCCCUCUAUAUGCAACUCCCCCAUCUCCAUGCACCACCCUCCUCUGUAUGCAUCUUCCCCCUCUCCAUGCAUCUCCCCCCUCUCCAUGCACCCCUCCCCCCCCCCAUCCCUAUGCAUUUUCCACUCUUCAUUCAUCUCCCCCUUCUCAAUGCAUCAUCUCCAUGCAUAAUCCCCAACUCCAACAUUCUAUGCCUUACUGCUUGUCCUUCCUCCGCCAUUCUAUCGUGGUCUGCCCUUGCCAUCAACCUCAACUCCCAGCAGCCCCAAUGGAGCGUGGAUUACAUCCAGGCGCGCAUCCUUGGGGAGGACUUGCGGCGCCCGAGUGUGGAGUGCUCGGAGGAGGGGGCUGGCUAUGGAGUUGGAGGUGGAAAGAGUGGCUCCACGAAGAAGUGGAAGGGCAAGAACAAGGACAACCCUAAGGAUGAUAGUGGCAGGGGCCAAGAGGAGGUGUCCUUCUACUGCAAGAAGCGCGGACAUUGUUAA